GCUACAAAAGCGCGGGUAAUUGUUGUCCGAGGAAGCUGCGAGAAUACUUGUUGCUUCGACUGGAAAGCAAAUUGCGGGGUUUUCUACGAAAUUCGUGUUGGCUGCUCGAAGUACUCGAGAAUAUCGAAAUUUAUCGACACUAGCAGACGAGUGACUAACAGCACGAUGUUCGAGGCACGUCUCACACAGAGUGCGAUCCUGAAGAAGGUGUUGGAUGCGGUAAAGGAUCUUCUAACCGAGGCAACGUUCGAAUGUUCCGAUUCCGGGAUUCAGGUCCAGGCGAUGGACAACGCGCACGUUUCUCUGGUCUCUCUGAAUCUCAGAAGCGACGGCUUCGACAAGUACCGUUGCGACCGGAAUUUAUCGAUGGGCAUGAGUAUCAGUUGCAUGUCAAAGAUUCUGCGAUGCGCUGGUGCGGAGGACACGGUGACCCUCAGGGCAUGGGAUAAUCCCGAAUCUAUCAUUUUUAUAUUUGAAUCACCGAACAAGGAUAAGCUUGCUGAAUACGAGAUGAAAUUGAUUAACAUGGAUCAGGAGCAUCUUGGCAUUCCUGAAACCACGUACUCGUGUGUCGUGAAGAUGCCAUCUACAGAAUUUACUCGAAUCUGUAGAGAUUUGAGCCAGUUUGGAGAAUCUAUAACUUUUGCAUGUUCUAAGGAAGGUAUUAAAUUCAGCGCAUCUGGUGAUUACGGUUCAGCCAAUGUUAAAUUAGCACAGACUGCAGACGCAGAUAAUGAAGAGGAAGCAGUAAUAAUUAACAUGCAAGAGCCAGUAAAGCUAACAUUUUCUUGCCGUUAUUUGAAUUGUUUUGUGAAGGCUGGUCCACUUUGUAAUCAAGUUCAACUGUCUAUGUCCGACGAUGUGCCUUUAGUAUGUGAAUAUAAGAUCGGCGAUAUUGGACACAUCAGGUAUUAUCUAGCGCCGAAGAUCGACGACGAGGAAGAAAAUUAAAAUAGCGAUAAGAAUAAAAGUUCGUAUACAAUGAAUUAUAAUUACCGAUACCGUAUUACGUUAUUGAUUGCUUUGGAAAGUCUUAUCUGUUUAGCAUUAGUUUUGACAUUGUCAUAUUUAUUUCAAUAGAAAAAGAUUAAAUAGCUUGACAUUUUAAUUCCAAGGAAACAAUGUCGUACAUAUAUUUUAGUAAUCGAGAAAACUAAAUAUUCCAUUAUUCAAUAUUGAGGUACAAGUAAGGCAAAAUAUGAAGUACUUUUAAGGUAAUAUAUUAUUUUAAUUUUACAUUUAAAAGUUAUUUGGCUCGUCACAGUGCUAGCGCAAUGCAGAAUUGACACUAAAAUUCAUAGUAGAGUGACACAAUCGUAAUGAUUAGUAUAGCAAAAUGGUGUCAUCCUCUUAAUUAUUAUUCACAUUGUUACUGUUCCAGAGACUGUGACAGUAUUUUGAUAAUAUCGCAUUAUUUUUUAUAUGUAAGAAGAACUCAAUAUAUUUUCAAAAAAUUUGAUAAA